UACAUACAACAUCGUCAGAGUAUUCUUCGUACCAUCUCUUCACUUUUUUUACACGAAGAAAUCGCACUAUUAUCAUGCAGCCUUCCCUUUCUCUUGCUUUGAUAUCACUUCACGAAAACACACUUUGCUAUCGCUGACUCCUUUAGCUGACAUCAGGAGGGAGCGAAUCAUAAAACUUGAACACCCAAAGCACCGUCUCCUGCGAACUCUUCGAAAGCAAACAGCAAGUCUUGGCAGCAAUGACAACGGUCAUGGUUUCACUUUCGUGGGUACUACUGUUCGUUCUGUUCUCUGUAGGAGACAACGAGGCAACCGCCCUUGUUCAGCCCGACUACGGCAAACAGGUUUCAAGCGUCAAUCCCGAAAACCGUAGAGGAUUUCUGGCGAAGGUCGCAUCGACGACAGCCGCAGCGAUAGCGACCGCCAAUGGCGUCGCCACCGAGAGUGUCGCUUGCGCAGUGCCAUCGGGGAUUGCUGCUUCGUCGUCACAGGUUAUCGCCGAUGCAGGUCUGGUCGGUGCCAGCAAGCCGGGGCUUACCCUUCCAYCGAUCGGACUCGGGUGCUGGGCGUGGGGCGAUUCCCUCUUCUGGGGGUAUAAUCCGAGCCAAGACAAAGAUCUGAAAGAGGUAUUCAAAUAUGUCAUGACGCAGACAUCGUCCCCGAACGACACGUCAUCAAAGCUGCCGUCCUCGGUCUUGCUCGAUACGGCCGAGGUCUACGGUCUUGGACGGUCAGAAACCCUCAUCGGUGAAUUUUCCAAGGAUUUGUCAGCAGAAGACCWGGAGAAGGUUGUCGUAGCAACAAAAUUUGCGGCCGUGCCCUUCCGAACAAAACCCGAAAACGUUGUGAAGGCCGCGCUUGGGUCCCUCAAACGUCUCGACCGGCCCAUCGACCUCUACCAGAUCCAUUUCCCAAAUGCAUUUGCAAACGACAAGUACUGGGACGGCUUAGCUGACGCAUAUGAACAGGGCCUCGUGAAAAACGUUGGCGUUUCGAACUACGGGGUCGAUGCGCUGCGGGCCUGUCACAAAGCCCUAGCCAAGCGGGGUGUCCCCCUCACAUCAAACCAGAUCCAGUACAGUCUCCUAUACCGUUUCCCUGAACAAAACGGCCUGCUGAAAGCCUGCAACGAUCUGGACGUCAAGGUCCUCUCGUAUAGUCCCCUGGCGCUCGGCUUGCUAGCCGGUAAAUACCGAAGCGUAGACGACCUGAAGAGCAUCAAAGGUCCACGACAGAAACUGUUCGCCGACACCGUUGACAAGCCGGAGUUCCAGAAACUCCUGUUGACCAUGGAAACCGUGGCUUCCAACCACAGCGGCGCAAAUCUGGCGCAGGUCGCUAUAAAUUGGUGCCGUUCCAAGGGCACUAUACCCAUCCCCGGGGCUCGAAACCUGCGGCAGAUCCAAUCAAACUACGCGGCGCUCUCCUGGGACCUGAGCGCGGAAGAAAUCGCCCUUCUUGAUGACGCCGCAACACUUGCCUACAUCGACCCUAAGGUUUCUCCGUUCCCUAGACAAGAUAAGGACACCGGAUUGAUCAUGUUUGAUUCCUGAGUAUUGUUCUACACCUGCUUGCUAGCUAGCCGUUUAAGAUUAAACAAUAAUAAUUGUGAAAUGUUGAUAGGCUCCUUCGUGUACGUGAAUAAGUGGUUUACAAUAAAGAGUGAGGUUAUUC